AUGACCCACCAGAGGAGCGUAGGGGAGCUGGAAAAGCUCCUUCAAGAGGCGGUACAGCGCGCCGAGGAAGCGGAGAGAGAACGACAGGAGGAGCGGCAACGCGCCGAGAGAGAACAGCAACGCGCCGAGGAAGCAGAGAGAGAACGACAGGAGGAGCGGCAACGCGCCGAGAGAGAACAGCAACGCGCCGAGGAAGCGGAGAGAGAACGACAGGAGGAGCGGCAACGCGCCGAGAGAGAACAGCAACGCGCCGAAGCGUCAGAGGAACAAACACGACUCACGACACUUGACGAAUACAUGGCAGCUUGCCAUGCCUCCGUUUUCUCUCGCUUUGCCAUCGAAACAGAUCCAAAUCUGACUUCGAGGGGCUCCAUCACCAACCCGCGUGACAAGUGGUAUCCCAAAAAUCUGAGGCCAUGGCCCGACUUCCUUGCUCAACAGAAGUUUAUAUUUGGCACACUCUACGAUGCAUUUCCUACCGAAAGCCGCGUUUUCAAGAACCGAAACUUCCUGGCCGGCUUGGGGAGCAGGAUCUCUCAACGGCCGAUAGCAGACAAGAAGACGCUCGAAUACUUCUUGCAUAAUAGCAUGGAGGAUCCGGUUAAAGCCAUCAUACAACAGCUCAAACAGGUGGAAGAGGUCAGCAGGGCUUUUCAGAUCGGAGAUGGUGUCGUCUUUGAGAACCAUCCCCAUGCCCUCAGCGACGUCGCUGAGGAAGUCGUGGACAGGGAGACCCCAUCGACACUACCACGGACGCCGAACCACCGAAGAGAUCUCAACCAGCUGCAACCAGAUCAAAUCUGCAUCUAUCGAUCCGACAAUACCCUGUCUUCCCGGCGCACCAUGGUUUACGUUUCCAAGUAUAAGCCGCCUUAUAAGUUAACCGCUCUGCAUCUUCGUCUUGGUCUCCGCGCUAUGGAUAUCUACAAGGAAGUUAUAAACCAAAGGACGGUUCCAACUUCUGUAGACCCUGACGCGCGUUUCCAGUACCACGCAGAGAAGCUGACGGCAUCUGCCAUCACGCAGACAUAUCAUUACAUAAUUAAAAGUGGCCUUAAAUAUGGUCUUCUUACUACUGGCGAGGCCAUCGUAUUUCUCAAAGUUAACUAG